AUGGAAGGUGGAGUGAAAGAGAUGAAGAACGAGGUUCCAAAAGGGGUGUCAGAGAUGAAGAUGAAGAGAAAAAGAUCUGAGAGAAAUUUGGAGCGUGAUUCUUCUUUGUUGAAUAAUGAAUCUAAAUCCAGGGUGAUCUUUUUGUUGAAACAGGGCAGCAAUGCGUUUUAUUGUGUGGAAAUUAGAUAUAAGAUGGAGGGUGAGGAUGCUGUAGUUUUGGAGGGUUUGAAAUCUGUUAUGAAAAUGAGGGGUUUAUGCACUAUUGUAGGUCGGAUUAUGCGAGAAGGAAGAGCUAGAUUUCAUAGAAUUGGCUAA